UUCUCUGAGCCAAAGCUUGGUCCGUAGCGGGUAGGGCGGGGCCACCAGGUUGAAUGACGGCACGUGUCCCGCCCCGGGCGUGACGUCGUCCUAGUGUUGUUACCCGCGGCUGCACGUGGUCGGCUGAGUCCGCCUCAGACUGAGCACUGCUCCGGGACCUCAGCACCAGCUGGUUACAUUCCUGCUUCUCCUCGCUAUGUCCACGUCCACAAGCUGCCCGAUUCCCGGGGGUCGGGACCGGCUGCCCGACUGCUACAGCACCACGCCGGGGGGCACGCUAUACGCCACUACCCCGGGAGGCACCAGGAUCAUCUACGACCGAAAGUUCCUGCUGGAGUGCAAGAACUCACCCAUUGCCCGGACACCCCCCUGCUGCCUCCCUCAGAUUCCCGGGGUCACAACUCCCCCAACAGCCCCACCCUCCAAGCUGGAGGAGCUGAAGGAGCAAAAGGAGACAGAGGAAGAGAUACCCGAUGAUGCACAAUUUGAAAUGGACAUCUAAUCCAGUGCAGAUGACCUUGUGUGUGGAGUUAUAGAGGGAUCCCUCAGCCACUGCUGCCACCACCUCUUCUGGGGUAUCCAAAGGCCAGCUGGCCUCAUCUAAUCUGGAAGGGAGUGAUUUGUUGGUUCUGGGCCUCCUUUAGUUCUGAAGCAGCUAGACCAGGGAUAGGAGUGGGCCACUUGCCAAGCCCUUGGCUCUUCUUAGGGGCUGGGACUGUGGGGGAUGGACUAUGUCACCUUCUGGCUGCUUAGUAAACGUUCAGAGAAA